GUCAGAAGGGAGUGUAUUCUUCUGUUUAUUCUUGAGUUUACUGCGUCAAAACUAUCCUCUUUAGGACAAAAGUCUCAAUGACAGGAGUUUCAAACAUGUUCCUCAAUAAAGACAUGCUGCUGUGGGACAGCUCCUUAUUAUAUACUGCACAGGCACAAGCCAGAUGUAAAGGUUCAAGCUGCAGCCUUGUUUUGAAUUCCAGAACAUCAGAAGUCAAAAGCCAAAAGCAUUACAUAACAUGUUACGUAAUGCUGUAAAAUUUUCAGUCCCUUGCAGUUAGCGCACAGACACUAUUGUGUGAGUCAGAGUAUAACUCCACUCAUCAUGAUCUCGCAGGUACUUUUUGGCUAUAUGGGCUUUGCUAGUUGGGUCUUGGUAGGUUUUUUAUUGUUACUUUUGAUUGAUGUGGUUAGAAACUGGAGGCCCAGAAACUUUCCCCCUGGACCCUGGGCUGUGCCUUUUAUAGGAAACAUCUUCACUGGACUUGACUUCAAAACAAUGGAGAAGCUUGCUCAGGAGCAUGGCCCAGUUUUCAGCUUGCGAAUAGGCAGUAAGAGAAUGGUAUUUGUUUCUGGAUAUAAGAUGGUCAAAGAGGCUCUCCUGAACCGUCUGGACUCCUUCAAUGAUCGACCUGUGUUCCCCCUCCUCCAUGUUGUCUUCAAGGGACUUGGCUUAAGCUUGAGCAAUGGUUACCUAUGGAAGAAACAGAGGAAGUUUGCCAACACUCACCUGCGUUACUUUGAAGAAGGACAGAAGUCACUAGAGAAAUAUAUCGAAGUGGAAAGUAACUUCAUUUGUGAAGCCUUCAAAGACGAACAAGGACAACCAUUCAAUCCUCACUACACCAUCAACAGUGCAGUGAGUAAUGUCAUCUCCUGUGUGGUCUUUGGACAUCGCUUUGAGUACAGUGAUCCCACCUACCGCAAGAUUCUGGAGCUGGACAGUGAGAUCUUUGUGCUCGCUGGGGCUUUUCAGACUCAGCUCUAUGAUGUGUUCCCUGGUUUGAUGAAGUACCUGCCCGGACCUCACCAUACUGUUCUUGCCAACUAUGCAAAAAUCAUCAAAUUCUUAAGUAACCAAAUACAGCGGCACCAGGAGGCGUGGAACCCAGAUAACCCUCGCGAUUACAUCGAUGUGUACUUGUCAGAGAUGGACAAGAAAAAAUCUGAUCCUAAGGCUGGAUUCAACAUAGAAAACCUGCAGAUUUGCACCAUUGACCUGAUUGAAGCUGGAACUGAAACUACUGCAACCACUUUACGCUGGGGCCUUGUAUUUAUGAUGAACUAUCCACAUAUCCAAGAGAAAGUCCAAGCAGAGAUCGACAGAGUGAUCGGACAGUCUCGUCAGCCCACAAUGGCCGACAGAUCCAACCUGCCCUACACUGAUGCUGUCAUCCAUGAGGUCCAGAGGGUGGGAAACAUUGCUCCCUUGGGAUUCCCCAGAAUGGCCAGUAAAGACACAACACUGGGAGGAUACUUCAUACCCAAGGGGACAAGUACUACGACAAUCCUUUCCUCUGUGCUCAAUGAUAAGAAUGAGUGGGAGACUCCAGAUAGUUUCAAUCCUGAGCAUUUCUUGGAUUCAAACGGUCAGUUCCGCAGGAGAGAGGCCUUCUUUCCAUUUUCAGCAGGUACACGUGUGUGUUUAGGGGAGAAUCUGGCCAAGAUGGAGUUGUUCCUCUUCUUUACGUCGCUCCUCCAACGCUUCACCUUCCGCCCUGUCCCUGGGGAAAUGCCCAGCUUGGAGGGUGUGAUGGGGUUCACUCAUUCCCCCAAGGCCUUCAGAACGCUUGCUGUGCCUCGCUGAUGUUCUUCUGACCAGGAUCUCCAUGUUUGUUUGAGCAUACAAAAAAAAAUCAUCUGUCCUACCAGAUUUCUACACUAAUAACAGUUACAAUCUUUCCUUAUAUGUUGUUCCUUUUAAUAGUAUUACACAGUGUUAGAAUUAAAAAAAAAUUGACUGUAAGCUCAGAAAUUACAGUUCAAUGUGAAAAUUAUAGUGGCCAUUUAUCAUUACUGAUAUGGGCCUAAGAUUCAUGAACAGUUAAAUGAUUGACAUUGUAAAUUACUGACAUUGUCACUCUAUUUAUUGAGUUAGUACUGAUUUGAUAACUUAGCACUAUUACGCUAAAGGACUCUGACAUGUUAUCUUUUAAUGUUUUUAUUAGUUUCAGCUUGUAUGGAUGAAAACAUACUUGUUUAGAUGCUGUUUUUGAUAAAUCAGGACUUUGUACUCAUCAGCUCUGUACUCUUUGCACUCAGACUAAUGAUGGAUACAAAUGUCCAAUUUGUGUAACAUUAUCUGUAAACUUAAACAUAUAUAAAGUAUUGGGAUAAUAAUAGCACUACAGUGAAAUAAAGUUUUAAAAAAUGUUAUGGUAAUCUUCUAUUGUACUAUAUGUGGCAACUGGCCUUUUCGGCCGCUAGGGGCCCUCUUGUGUUCUUUUGUCGGUAAUUUCAUGAGCCCAUUAUUUGUCGGUGCUCUGUAAUUAGAUCAUGAUAUCCACCUGUUUAUUUAGUAUUUAAGUCAUGCCUUUUGAUUUUAGUGUUGCUGGUAUGUUAAGGCGUAAGCUGCAAGCACGGCCGUUACUUAAAGUUAAAGAGACUAGUUUUUCUGUCUCGUGGAGUUUUGGUUUCAUUUGAUGCCUUGUCACCUGUGAAGGUUUGUGGUUGUCUUGUGUUUUCACAUCUUUAAUGUUUAGAAUUUACUGUAGUUGCCCGUCGUAAUUGUAUUUUAUUUAGUUCAGGCCUGUAAGAUUCAGAGCGUUUUGUGUCCAUCAUCUUGAUUAACCAGAGUCCUGUCUUUUGUCUUGUGUUUUAUGUUUAGGAUUUUGCCCAUUGAAUAAGGAGCGUAUUUAUUUUAUAAGUAGUGUGUUUUAGUCUUACCCUGCAUAGCAAUGAUUUUCAGUUCUUUCAUUUUUGUUUGAGUCUUAGUCCUGCCUUGCAGUGAGUUUGUUUGUGUUUAAUAAAUCAUUUAUGUUUACUGUA